UACAGUGGAACGAGCCAAGGAUCAGGAUUUGCAGCUCAGCUAUAUAAACCCAGCAGAAUCUGGCUGCUGUGACCAGUUUGCCUUGCUGUCAAAGCUCGCUGCCUUGCGCUCGCACACGGCUCCGGACAACGCAACUUCGCCGAGUUUUGACAGGACGGCAACAAAGUCAGGAGAGCCCAGCUGGCUUUGAGCACCGUAUUUAUUUCAUGGAGGCUGCUCACAGUGGGAUCUAAGCUCUGUCAGAGUCUCUAAGGGAAAAAACACACCAGGAAAGAAAAGGAUCUCCAGCUUGGUUUGGCUUGGCUCUCCAAUUUCUGCUGCAGAUUACAAAGGCCAAGAAGACCUAAGACUCUUUCAGCCUCAAAAGAGAACUGGGCACCACAAUGGGACUCCCCAGCCAGGUCUUGGCCUGUGCCAUCCUCGCUUUGCUGUCCCAGCAUGUCACUGGGGGACUCAUCAAGAGAAUUAUCCGGCAGAAGAGGGAGGCUGGGCUGAAUGUGACCUUGCCAGAGGAUAACCAGCCUGUGGUUUUCAACCAUGUCUACAACAUCAAGCUGCCUGUUGGCUCCCUCUGCUCCGUGGACCUGGACACGGCGAGCGGCGAUGCUGACCUGAAGGCAGAAAUUGAGCCCGUCAAGAACUACGGGGAGCACACGGUGAAUGAGGGGAACCAGAUUGUCUUCACUCACAGGAUUAACAUUCCCCGCCGGGCCUGUGGCUGUGCAGCUGCCCCAGACAUUAAGGAUCUGCUGAGCAGACUAGAGGAGCUGGAGGGGCUGGUCUCCUCCCUGCGGGAGCAGUGUGCCAGUGGGGCUGGAUGCUGUCCUAAUUCCCAGGCAGCAGAAGGUCGCCUGGACACCACACCCUACUGCAGUGGGCACGGCAACUACAGCAUCGAGAUCUGCGGCUGCGUCUGCGAGCCCGGCUGGAAGGGCCCCAACUGCAGCCAGGCCUCGUGUCCCUCCGACUGCAACGACCAGGGCAAGUGCGUGGACGGGCUGUGCGUGUGCUUCGAGGGCUACACGGGCCCGGACUGCGGCCAGGAGCUCUGCGCCCAGGGCUGCGGCGCCCACGGGCGCUGCGUGGGCGGGCAAUGCCUGUGCCACGAGGGCUUUGUGGGCGACGACUGCAGCGUGCCCCUGUGCCCCCACAACUGCCACGGCCGCGGGCGCUGCGUGGACAGCGAGUGCGUGUGCGAGGAGGGCUACACUGGCGAGGACUGCAGCGAGCUCAUCUGCCCCAACGACUGCUUCGACCGCGGGCGCUGCGUGAACGGCACCUGCUUCUGCGAGGAGGGCUUCGCCGGCGAGGACUGCGGGGAGCUCACCUGCCCCAACGACUGCCACGGCAACGGGCGCUGCGAGAACGGGCUGUGCGUGUGCCACGAGGGAUUCGUGGGCGACGACUGCAGCGAGAGGAGGUGCCCCAACGACUGCCACAACCGCGGGCGCUGCGUGGGUGGGCGCUGCGUGUGCCACGAGGGGUACCUGGGCGAGGACUGUGCCGAGCUGCGCUGCCCCAAUGACUGCAACAACCGCGGGCGCUGCGAGAACGGGCAGUGCGUGUGCCACGAGGGGUUCAUCGGGGAGGACUGCGGGGAGCUGCGGUGCCCCAACGACUGCCACCACCGCGGGCGCUGCGAGAACGGGCAGUGCGUGUGCCACGAGGGGUUCACCGGGGAUGACUGUGGCCAGCUGCGGUGUCCCAGCGACUGCCACAACCGCGGGCUGUGUGUCAACGGGCAGUGCGUGUGCGACGAGGGGUACACGGGUGAGGACUGCGCCGAGCUGCGCUGCCCCAAUGACUGCCACAACCGCGGGCGCUGCGUGGAGGGGCGCUGCGAGUGUGACAACGGCUUCACGGGUGACGACUGUGGCGAGCUGGCCUGUCCCAACAGCUGCCACGGGCGUGGGCGCUGCGAGAACGGGCGCUGCGUGUGCCACGAGGGCUUCGUGGGUGAGGACUGCCGGGAACGCUCCUGCCCCAACAACUGCAACAACGCGGGGCGCUGCGUGGACGGGCGCUGUGUCUGCGAGGAUGGCUACAUUGGGGAUGACUGCUCCGAUGUGUCUCCUCCAACUGAGCUGACUGUGACCAACGUGACAGAUAAAACUGUCAAUCUGGAGUGGAAGCACGAGAACUUGGUCAAUGAGUAUCUCAUCACCUACGUCCCCACCAGCAGUGGGGGCUUGGACAUGCAGUUCACCGUGCCAGGAAACCACACAGCUGCCACCAUCCACGAGCUGGAGCCGGGGGUGGAGUACUUUAUCCGUGUCUUUGCAAUCCUGAAAAACAAGAAGAGUAUUCCAGUCAGUGCCAGGGUAGCCACAUAUCUGCCUGCUCCAGAAGGUCUGAGAUUCAAAUCUGUUCGGGAAACAUCCGUCCAGGUGGAGUGGGACCCUCUGAACUUCUCUUUUGAUGGCUGGGAGCUGGUCUUCCAUAAUAUGAAAAAGGAUGAUAAUGGUGACAUAACCAGCAGCUUGAAAAGGCCAGAGACAUCCUACAUGCAACCAGGUUUGGCACCUGGCCAGCAGUACAAUGUGUCCAUCCAUAUAGUGAAGAACAACACCAGAGGACCAGGACUGUCCAAAGUCAUCACCACAAAGCUUGAUGCCCCCAGCCAGGUGGAGGCCAAAGACGUCACCGACACCACGGCUCUCAUCACGUGGUCCAAACCCUUGGCUGAAGUUGAAGGUGUGGAGCUCACUUAUGGCCCCAAGGACAUUCCAGGGGACAGGACGACCAUUGACCUCUCUGAAGAUGAGAACCAAUAUUCCAUUGGCAACCUGAGGCCACACACGGAGUACGAGGUGACGCUCGUCUCUCGUCGAGGGGACAUGGAAAGCGACCCUGUGAAGGAAGUCUUUGUCACAGACCUGGAUGCUCCAAGGAACCUGAAGCGGGUGUCCCAGACUGACAGCAGCAUCACCCUGGAGUGGAAGAAUAGCCACGCCAAUGUUGAUAAUUACCGAAUUAAGUUUGCCCCCAUCUCUGGCGGGGACCAUGUGGAGAUCACAGUGCCCAAGGGCAACCAGGCCACAACCAGAGCUACACUCACAGGUCUGAGGCCUGGAACUGAAUAUGGCAUUGGAGUGACAGCAGUGAGGAACGACAGGGAAAGUGCUCCUGCUACUAUCAAUGCUGGCACUGAUCUUGAUAACCCCAAGGACUUGGAAGUCAGCGAGCCCACUGAGACCACCUUGUCCCUGCGCUGGAGAAGGCCGGUGGCCAAGUUUGACCACUACCGCCUGGUUUCCACCAGUCCCUCCGGGAAGAAGAGCGAGGUGGAGAUCCCCGUGGACAGCACCUCCUUCCUGCUGCGGGGGCUGGAGCCAGGCACUGAGUACACCAUCAGCCUGCUGGCAGAGAAGGGACGGCACAAAAGCAAACCCACCACUGUCAAGGGCUCCACGGAGGAGGAACCUGAGCUGGGGGAAUUGUCAGUGUCAGAGCCUGGCUGGGAUGGUUUCCAGCUCACCUGGACAGCAGCCGACGGCGCCUAUGAGAACUUUGUCCUCCAGGUGCAGGAGCCUGGCAAGCCCGAGGAGACCCGGAAUGUCACAGUCCCGGGGACACUGAGCUCUGUGAAUGUCACCGGCCUCAAGGCCAACACUCCUUACACCAUCACCCUUCAGGGGGUCACUGGGGGCUACAGGAGCAAGCCCCUUUCUCUUGAGACUGCCACAGGAGAGCAGCCCGGCGUUGCUGAGCUCACGGUUUCCAACAUUACCCCCGAAAGCUUCAACCUCUCCUGGACAGCCUCCAAUGGGGACUUCGAUGCCUUUACCAUUGAAAUUAUUGAUUCUAACAGGUUGCUGGAGCCCAUGGAGUUCAACCUCUCAGGCAACUCAAGGACUGCUCAUAUCUCAGGGCUUUCUCCCAGCACUGAUUUCAUUGUCUACCUCUCCGGGAUCUCUCGCGGGUUCCGCACACAGGCAAUCAGUGCUGCAGCUACCACAGAAGCAGAGCCCGAGGUCGACAACCUUCUGGUUUCAGAUGCAACCCCAGAUGGAUUCCGUCUCUCCUGGACUGCAGAUGAUGGGGUUUUCAACAGUUUUGUUCUAAAAAUCAGGGACACCAAAAGGAAAUCUGACCCCCUGGAGCUGAUAGUGCCAGGCCAUGAGCGCACCCAGGAUAUAACAGGGCUGAAAGAGGGCACUGAAUAUGAGAUUGAGCUCUAUGGAAUUGGCAGUGGACAACGUUCCCAGCCCGUAAACACAGUAGCAUCCACAGCGGUGGGCUCGCCCAAGGGAAUUUCUUUCUCUGACAUCACGGAAAAUGCUGCCACAGUCAGCUGGACCCCGCCCCGCUCCCGCGUGGAAAACUUCCGCAUCUCCUACGUCCCCGUCACGGGAGGUACCCCAAAUGUUGUCACAGUUGAAGGAAGCAAGACAAGGACCAAGCUGGUGAAGCUGGUCCCAGGUGUGGACUACAAUGUCAGUGUCAUCUCUGUGAAAGGCUUUGAAGAAAGCGAGCCCGUCUCUGGCAUCCUGAAAACAGCUCUGGACAGCCCGUCAGGCCUGGUAGUGGUGAACAUCACAGACUCUGAGGCUCUGGCAACCUGGCAGCCAGCAAUUGCUGCUGUGGAUAACUACGUGGUGUCCUAUUCAUCUGAGAAAGAGGCAGAAGUGACCCAGCUGGUCUCAGGGAACACGGUGGAGUAUGACCUGAAGGGGCUGCAGCCUGCCACGGAGUACACGCUGAGCGUCCACGCGCAGAAGGACGCGCAGAGCAGCGAGACCCUCUCCACCCACUUCACCACAGGGCUGGAUGCUCCAAGGGAUUUGAGUACCACUGAGGUGCAGUCAGAAGCAGCUGUGAUAAGCUGGAGGCCUCCCCGAGCUCCAGUCACUGGAUAUCUCCUGAUCUAUGAAUCCAUCGAUGGCAGAGUCAAGGAAGUCAUCCUAAACCCCGAGACAACUUCCUACAGCCUGACAGAGCUGAGCCCCUCCACGCAGUACACGGUGAAACUGCAGGCCCUGAGUGGGGCUCUGAGGAGCAAAACCAUCCAGACCAUUUUCACCACCACUGGGCUCCUCUAUCCCUACCCCAAGGACUGCUCCCAGGCCCUGCUGAAUGGAGAAGCCACCUCUGGGCUCUACACGAUUUACCUGAACGGGGACAAGGCUCAGCCUCUGCAGGUGUUCUGUGACAUGGGCGAGGACGGCGGCGGCUGGAUCGUGUUCCUGAGGCGUCAGAAUGGAAAACAAGAUUUCUACAAGAACUGGAAUUCUUACGUGGCAGGAUUUGGAGAUCCUAAGGAUGAAUUCUGGAUAGGUCUGGAGAACCUGCACAAAAUCACUUCUCAGGGCCAGUACGAGCUGCGGGUGGACCUGAGGGACAAGGGGGACACGGCCUACGCCGUGUACGACCGCUUCAGCGUGGGCGACGCCAAGAGCCGCUACCGCCUGCGCGUGGAUGGCUACAGCGGCACUGCAGGUGACUCCAUGACCUACCACAAUGGAAGGUCCUUCUCCACCUUCGACAAGGACCACGAUUCUGCCAUCACCAAUUGUGCUCUGUCAUACAAAGGAGCCUUCUGGUACAAGAACUGCCACCGAGUCAACCUGAUGGGCAGAUAUGGUGACAACAGCCACAGCCAGGGCGUCAACUGGUUCCACUGGAAGGGCCACGAGUAUUCCAUCCAGUUUGCAGAGAUGAAGCUGAGACCCUCCAGCUUCCGGAACCUGGAGGGGCGUCGGAAGCGAGCGUAGAGCCCCGGGGGCUGCGGGCAGGGCUGGGGAGGGGAUGGAGAGGGGGGUGUGGGGAGAGACCCUCUGGCAUCGCUGGCCUGGGGGUGUGAGGAGCUGGGACUGGCACCAAAGCACCGUGGCCCGGCAGAGGCUUUGCAGCAUUCCAAACAAACAAAUAAAAAAAAAGCCUUAAAGCAUCCCAGAGCUUCCAGCAGAGCAGCUCCAGCUGCCCACCAGGAGCGUCCUCCACACCAAAGACAACGAUCUCAAGGGUUCUGUGUUGUUUUAUUAAUUUUUUUUUUUAAUUUUUUGCCAGAAAACGUCUGGGAUAAAGUUCUUCCAACAUCUGACGAUCUCUUGGGUGGCCCAGGGGAGGGGAGGGAGAACAGCUUUGUACAUUGGUAGUUUGUUUUAGAACCAGCCAUAUUUUACACACAGAAAUGUGUAAGAUUAAUUGUCAUUAUUAUUAUUAUUAUUAUUAUUAUUAUUAGUUAUAAGUGAAAAUAAUUGGUGGCUUGAAUGCCUUUUUUAUAUAUAUCAAGUACCACAGAGAAGGAAGGAAUGGGAAGGGAAAGCAGUAUGUUUUUAAAGUUAAGCAUAAGAUUAAUAUUAUUAAUAUAAAGACAAAGUAAUAAUAAUAAUAAUGAUAAUAAUAAUAAGCUACAUUUUGUCAUUUUUAAGAGAACCAUGCUUUUGGAAACACAGCAGGACAGUGUCUGAUUGUAAAUUUUUUUUUAUAAAUAAAAGCACAAUUACUUUUAAAUAAAUUUCUACCUUUUUUUUUCAUCCAUGUGGAGUUUGUGCAUGUCCAGGAUAUGUUUACUUAGAUGGGGAAAUAAAGACAGACUGAGAUUAAUUAGGCUGCUGAGACCCUACUGAAAACUGUUCCUUUUGUCAGUGACUGGUUGUAAUUAUUCUGGUGGGUUUGUUACAGUGAAAUGCCCAUGGAGAUUUGGGUUCUUUCAGAAUAGAAUUUUUUUUCCUGCCCAAAAGCUUCUUCCAUGUUUUUCUAAGUGUUACUGACCAAUGCUUACUCCACUAGGUGGGAAUAACUAACAAAGCAAAAUUAAGAGAACCCAGAGUUGUUGUAGGUACCAUGGGCAGUUUGAACACUUGUGUAAAUAAAGGGCUCUCUUUUUUUUUUUUUUUUUCUAUGAAUGAAAAUCCAUGUAGUUCCUCUGUAUCACACUCUGCAGUUCAAGACAAUAAACGAUCUCUUGUUUUAAUCCA